UGCCCUAUAUUGAGUACAGAAUUUCGUAUUUAGUAUGAGAUUCUACUUUAGAGGUGGGUUUAAAACCUGAACAACAAAGGCGAACCCACCUGAACAACAAAGGCGAAGUAAAAAAUAAAAGCUUAAGCAUUCUCUCUCUUAUAUAUCGGCCUUGUGCAAUCUUGUGCUAUCAUUUUUCAUUGGCACUGGAUUUCCGCGGAUAUGUGGCGAUCAAAAUCGGAUUCUUAGUCGGUAUUGGGUAGGAUUCAAUUCAUGGCUUUCCAGGUAGUGUGGAGUUAUGUACAUUUGGAAAACACUUUAAUGUACAUAAUUAUGCUGGCGAUUCUGAUGAAGCAAACACAUUUGACUCUUUUCAAAGUUUGAGUCACGAACAGAAUCUUGCAAAUUAGAAGGCAGAGGUAAUCCAAGCAGUGGAGAGGUAUGGGCGAGCCAAUGCCUCCUGCAAAUUUCGAAAGUGAAGACCUUAAGAAUAGCAGCUCUGAAGGUAUGGAUGCUUCAAAAAUCAACUCUCCACCCAACUCAUAUGAUGCUGUUCUUUUAGGAGGCACCUUUGAUAGGUUGCAUGAUGGGCAUCGUCGUCUUCUCAAGGCUGCAGCAGAAUUGGCAAGAGGCAGAGUUUUUGUGGGUGUAUGCACUGGACCAAUGCUGGAAAACAAAGAGCUUGCUCACUUGAUUGAACCUUUGGAAAAGAGAAUGGAAGCAGCUGAAAGAUACAUUAAGUCUGUCAAACCAGAAUUACUAGUGCAAGUGGAACCUAUGUUCCACAUCGAUCCCUAUGGUCCGCCCAUGAUGGAUAGUGAUCGAGAUGCCAUCAUUGUCAGCAAGGAAACUUUUGCUGGUGCGUUAUCUGUCAAUAAAAGAAGAGCUGAAAGGGGUUUACCUCAAUUGAAGUUGGAAGUCGUUGACCUGGUCAUUGAAGGGGAAAAUGGUGAAAAGCUCAGCUCUACAGCACUGCGUCAACUUGAUGCUUCUGAACAGACCGGGAAAGGAUGUUCGGUUGCUUCUGAAUAAUGAUUCAGGAUGCUAUUGAUUAAAUUAAUGUUUUUACUUAUUAAGUUUAUGUUCAUUCUGAAGGUAAUUGCGUUUCUUACUAUCAGAAAAGGUAGCAUACCUGAAAUGGGGAAAAAUAGCGAACCAAUCAUGGCCAUAACUCAGACAUAAAUGAUAUCAAAGACAUGCAUUUGUAACCAAUGCUUCAAUAAAUUGAAUUUCUUGUAAAUAAUCCAUGAUAACAUAGAUUAGCUUUUGAAGAAAUUAUGGCUCAAAUCUGAUGCUUUAUUUUUUGUCAAAUAUUUCAUGAAAUAAACCAGAGACAUUAAUCAAAAUGGAAGGUGAGGUCUUUUAACA